GACGUAGGGUGCGCGCAUGCGUGGACCGAUCGGGUGAAAAAACAAGAUGGCGUCUGACGGAGAAGGUUUAAACGCGGGCAUUAUAUUUCUGUAUUCUUACAUAUAUGUUGUUUAAUAGAGUACAAACGGUUAAUAAUUGUUUGUAGCAGGAUACAUUCGUCUGAGCGCACUUUGACACUUCUCCUGUUUUCUAGCUUCAUUCAAGGUAGCUUGCAGCUAGUUUACCUGGCUAGUUAGCUUAGCUUGUUAGCUGCUAACAGAGAGACGCGGAAGUUAUUUAAACAUCGCUAAGUAGGGAACUAAUGUGAGUGUAAAGUGUUGUGAUUGUGUGAAAAUGUGCGAAAGAACGAUGGCAAAGUAUGAGGAGGAACUUUGUCCAACAAAAGAGGAGAAGGAGCGACAACAUCAACUGCUGGAUGUUUAUUAGAAACAUCAAGUUGUGUUACACAGAACAGACGUCUGUGAAGAACAACUUCUGCCUGAAAAACAGGAGUGUAGCUUCAGGAUGGUGAAGGAGGAUCCAUCAAAGAGGAAGACCAGGCGCCACAGACCCUCUGGUGUCUCCUUUUCCUCUUUGACACAGACCCUUCCCUGUAAAAAGGAAGAGGAAGACUCACUGACGCCCCACAUUAAAGAGGAAGAGGAGGAACACCGCAUCAGUCAGUCUAAAUGGUUGGAGGAGUUCCCAGUGACUGGUGUCCCUGUGAAGAGUGAAGAUGAUGAGGUCAAAGGUGAAAGUGAGGAGAAGAGAGAGGCGGAGCCUCCAAGCAGCAGCUCAACACAACACAUGACAACAGAAGCUGAUGGAGACCACUGUGGAGGAUCACAAGCAGACAAGCUCUUAGCUCCACUAUCAGAUAAGACAUGCCACACUGACAACACUCACUUGAAAUGUUCUCACUGUGACAAAACUUUUAAAUACCAUUGUCGUCUGAAAACACACAUGAGAAGACACACCGGAGAAAAACGUUUUAUCUGUUCAAUAUGUGGAAGAGGUUUUACACGAAGUCAGAGUUUGAAAGUACACAGGAGAAGACACACUGAAGAAAAACAUUUUAUCUGUUUAAUCUGUUGUAAAGGUUUUCUUCUAAGUAACCAUUUGAAAAAACACAUGAGAACACACACUGGUGAAAAACCUUUUAUCUGUUCAAUCUGUGGUAAAGGUUUUGUACAAAGUAACAAUUUGAAAGUACACAUGAGAACACACACUGGUGAAAAACCUGUUUCCUGUUCAACCUGUGGUAAAGGUUUUACACAAAGUCAAUAUUUGAAAGUACACAUGAGAACACAUACUGGUGAAAAACCUUUUUCCUGUUCAACCUGUGGUAAAGGUUUUAUAUUAAGUCAACAUUUGAAAGUACACACGAGAACGCACACUGGCGAAAAACCUUUUUUCUGUUCAAUCUGUGGUAAAGGUUUUGUACAAAGUAUCAAUGUGAAGUCACACAUGAGAACACACACUGGUGAAAAACCAGUUUCUUGUUCAACCUGUGGUAAAGGUUUUUCACAAAGUCAAUAUUUGAAAGUACACAUGAGAAGACACACGGGAGAGAAAGUGUUGAGUUGCAGUGUGUGUGGUGAAAGAUUCUCUUCUAAGUACCAGUGUAAGAAACACAAGUGUGCUGGUGAGAACAGCAGCAGCAAAUGAAACUGCAGGAUUUGAAAUAAACUGUCAAGACUUUAAUUUUGACUUUCUAACAACAUCAGCACAUAUAACAUGUGUGACAUUGUUGUUUGUGGAACAAUCUUUUUAAUAUGCUUCUACAUUUAUAGAUUAAAUAUUUUAUAUUAGUGCUUUUUUUCAGUCAAGUACAUGCAUUAAUUUGCAACAUUGUGUACUUUUAUUAAAAAUGGAACAGAACAAUUUGACUGAAAGGGUGAGAGUAAACAGUAUAAGAACAUUUUACACACAAUAAACAUUUUAUGUGUGUUUAUAUUCAUAAUACAAUUUUACAAUUAUUCAGCAUAGUGUUUUUUAUAGGUUUUUGAAAUAUUGAAGUGUGACAUUUUUAUUUCUAAUUGUUAAUGAUCCCAUAGAUUAGCACCUUUAUAUGAUAUACAUAUGUACUGGUUCACAUCUGAAACAUCUUCUGGACCACUUCAGGAAGCAUAUUAUUAUUUACUUUAUACAUCAUUUGAACAGUUGUCUUUUAUACCAUUUUUAAAAGUGUGACU